UGCACGGAUCACCAGGGAGGCAUCAACUGGCUGAGCCUGAGCCCGGACGGGCAGCGCCUGCUCACGGGCAGCGAGGAUGGCACCGCGCGGCUCUGGAGCACGGCCGACAGCCAGUGCCACGGCCACUUCCAAGGACACGAAAGUUACAUCACCUUUUGCCACUUGGAAAACGAGGCUGCCUUCACCUGUAGCGCCGACCAUACCAUUCGCAAGUGGGACGUGGUGACAGGGCAGUGCCUGGCCAUUUACCGAGGACACACGUCAAUCGUUAACAGGAUCCUGGUUGCCAAAGACUAUCUCUUCAGUGGCUCCUACGACAGGACGGCCCGCUGUUGGAGUGUGGACAAGGAGAAACAAAUCCAGGAAUUCCGAGGCCAUCGGAACUGUGUCCUGACUCUAGCUCACUAUUCCUCCAGGGAUGUUCUUGAAGAAGAGGAGGAGGAAGAGGAGGAGGAGGAGAAAGUGAGCAGAGACCUCCUGGUGACGGGUAGCACAGACUGUACUGUUAAGGUCUGGUGGGUGUCCAGCGGGCGCUGUUACCAGACUCUGCUGGGACACACUGGGGCUGUCUUAUGCCUUAUACUUGACGCACCAAACAGGGAGCUGUUUUCUGGCAGCACGGAUUAUACCAUUCGAACGUGGAAUAUUGUCACUGGUGAGCAGCUGAAAGUGUUCAAAGAGCAUCAAGGAUCAGUGAUUUGCCUAGAGCUAGUGAAUCGGCACUUGUACUCAGGAAGCGCGGACAGGACAGUGAAGUGCUGGUUAGUAGACACUGGGGAGCGAAUCCAAACGUACAAGGCUCACAAACACAGCGUUAGCACUUUGAAAUACCACGCUGGGAUCUUGUUCACAGGAAGCGGCGAUGCCUGUGCCAGAGCUUUCAAUUCCAAGAGUGGUGUCCUGCAGAAGAUCUUCCGAGGACACAAGUUCAUCAUCAACUGUAUCCAGAUCCACAACGAGUUGCUUUACACGGCUUCCCAUGAUGGCACGCUAAGGAUUUGGGACAUCCGCGGAAUCUGCAAGAGAAAUAAGCGGCGUUUGAAGAAGGAGAGGUCUGUGCAGGGCAGGAGCUCUCAGAAGGGAAGCCUGUCUCGUCUCUUCAACAAUAAAGUUGGCUGUAUGGUACAGCAAGAAAAUGGGGAACACGAGGCCGUAGAGCUAAUGUGA